AUGUUGACUAAAGGUUCUGUUCCUGCAACUGGGAAAAGAGUUAUUCAAGAGCAUGUCUUCUCGUUACUUCAAAGCUGCAACAGCGAAACGAACAUCGCACAGAUUCAUAGCCAAGUAGUUCUCAAUGGCCUCUCUCACAAGAAUAACAUCAUCGCCAAGCUUCUUUCAUUCUACACAGCCUCUGGUAAGCUUCAACAUGCCCACAAGCUUUUCGAAAAAAUUGAUAACCCAAACACAACUGUUUGGAACCACAUGAUUAGAGGCUAUGCCAGCAGCCAUACGCCUUGGAAAUCGGUUCAAUUUUACAAUCAAAUGGUGUCAACUGAGUCUGAACCUGAUGGGUUCACAUACUCGUUUCUCUUGAGUGCUUGUGUACGAGGUGAGUUGGUAAAAGAAGGGGAACAGGUGCAUGCGACUGUUCUGGCAAAAGGGUAUUGCUCAGACGUGUUUGUUAACACUAAUUUGAUCAAUUUUUAUGCGAAUCAAGGUGGUGUUGAGCAAGCACGCCAUGUGUUUGAUGAUAUGACUCAAAGAAGUGUUGUUAGCUGGAAUUCUAUACUUGCUGGGUACGUUAGGUGCUGUGAUUUUGAUGCUGCGAGAAUCUUUUUUGAUAAAAUGCCACAGAAAAAUGUUGUGUCUUGGACGACCAUGAUUGCUGGGUGUGCUCAGAAUGGCCAAUCUAAACAGGCUUUGUUGUUAUUUGAUCAGAUGAGGAGAGCACGCGUGGAAUUGGAUCAGGUGGCACUGGUGGCAGCUUUAUCAGCAUGUGCUGAAUUAGGGGAUCUGAAGUUAGGGAGAUGGAUCCAUUGGUAUGUUAAAAUGAGGCAAAAGGAACCCUCUGUCCGCUUGAACAAUGCACUCAUGCACAUGUAUGCUAGUUGUGGAAUCAUUGAUGAAGCUUAUCAAAUGUUUACCAAGAUGUCACGAAAAACCAGAGUGUCUUGGACUAUUAUCAUCAUGGCUUUUGCAAAACAAGGUCUUGGGAAGGAAGCUCUUGAUCUGUUUAAAGAUAUGCUUAGUGAUGGUUUGGAGAAUAGUGGGGUAAGGCCUGAUGGAACAACAUUCAUUGGAGUUCUUUGUGCUUGCAGUCAUGCAGGGUUUGUAGAGGAAGGGCGCAGAAUUUUUCAAUCGAUGAUACAUACUUGGCGAAUCAGCCCGAAGAUUGAACACUAUGGAUGCAUGGUUGAUCUCUUGAGUCGUGCAGGUUGCUUAGAUGAAGCAUAUGAACUUAUUGAAACUAUGCCUUUUAAGCCUAAUGAUGCAAUAUGGGGUGCCCUUCUUGGUGGUUGUCGAAUACACAAGAAUUCAGACCUAGCAUCACGAAUUGCAAACAAGUUAGUUGCUGAGCUUGACAACAAUGAUCAAGCUGCUGGCUAUCUCGUGCUCUUAUCAAACAUAUAUGCUUUUGCCGAAAGGUGGAAGGAUGUUGUAGCGGUGAGACAAAAAAUGAUUGAGAUGGGUGUGAAAAAACCUCCAGGCCAAAGUUGGAUCCAAAUUUAUGGGGUUGUUCAUAAUUUUGUGGUGGGAGAUAUGACUCAUAAGCAUUCAUCUUUAAUCUAUGAAACCCUUUGCGAGAUUACCGAGCAAGCCCGCGUGGAAGGCUAUAAGCCAGACAUAACAGAGGUUCUAUUAGAUGUUGAAGAAUAG